CCUAUUGAACCAACGAAGAAGGAUGUUGUGAACAAGGAAGUUGAUAUUUUACAGGAAGCCAGCGUAAGCUCCCUUUUGUUUUGUUUUGUCUUGAUUUUCUGUAAUGAAUUGGUGGCCAUUUGUCACAACAACAGUUUGCAACAUAGAUUUUAGUUAAUUUGGUUUCGUCACCAUUAAGUUGAAUUUAUUGUAUGACAUUCGUCGUUGGCUGAGCUUCACGCGCUAACAACAAAGCUAACAGGCCCGAAGGCCACCAGUCAAUUGUCUGCGCGUAAGUCACUUAAUAUCAUCGCUUUUGUAUAAAGCAGCUAGUUCUAGGAUCAAACGGUGUUUGUAAAUAUUAGAUACGAUUAGAACAAAGCGCCCUGACCGCUGUCAUACGUCCAUCGCCCGCGUAACGUUCGCUGUACCGGCCAACUGUUUUAUUUUUUUGGCUGGUCAGGUGACCAACAGUACCAACGGAUAGUGUAGUGCGGUCACACAUAACGUUACUGUAAAUCAUAGAAAAACCGAAAACACAACAAUUUCUAGGCAGAUCGAAUGACCAUGUAUGCCCCGCCGGGUUCUACUGUCCCCGGAGGCCGGAGGAGGAGAGGGGGCACCUCCGUCCCCAAGCAGGCGGAGCGCAGCCUGGUGUCCGCUCUGCCCGGAGCUCUGUCCAUCACGGCGCUGUGCACGGCUCUCGCAGAACCGGCCUGGCUCCGGGUUCAUGGAGGCACGUGCCCGAGACAAGAACUGGGGGUGGCGGAUGUCCUGGGCUACAUUGACCCCAAGCUUCUGGACGAUUACUGUGUGAAUCCACAGACCAUCUUGCUGAUGAGGGUGAUUGCUGCCUUUUGUUUCCUGGGCAUCCUGUGCAGUUUGAUUGCCUUCCUCUUAGAUGUGUUUGGACCCAAACACCCUGCCCUAAAGAUCACACGCAGAUAUGCGUUUGCACACAUCCUCACAGUGUUGCAGUGUGCUACCGUCAUAGGCUUCUGCUACUGGGCUUCGGAGCUAAUCCUGUCACUACAGCAGCAACACAAAAAGUACCACGGCUCUCUCAUAUACGUCACAUUUGCCAUCAGUUUCUACCUGGUGGCAGGGGCGGGCGGAGCCUCCAUCCUCGCCACAGCGGCAAACCUGCUGCGCCAUUACCCCACGGAGGAAGAGGAGCAGGCUCUAGUGUUGCUCUCGGAGAUGGAGGACAGCAGUGAAACGUAUCCCGCUGACUAUGACAUUGCCAAUCAGUUUCAGCCGCCGCCUGCCUACACGCCGUAAUGCCGCCGGGCUGGCCUUGUUAAUCCUCGCUUCUUUCUCAGCACGGCUAUUGGCUGGAGGAGCAAAGUACCACUCUUAUCAAAUGGAUACCUUCGCAAAUACUCUCCAUAAUGAACACAGCGUGCACACUUAGUGCACAAACUCUUUGAGUGACAGUGCUUGGGUGCAUGGAAGCUUUCUUUUGUGGUGGCAAUUAGGAUACAGUUUUUACUUUCACCACUCAAAUCUUUAGUGAUUUGCAUGUAAAUGUUUUUUUCAAACUGCAAGAGUGCUUAACAUGGCUCAUCGGUAAUUGACGAAACAGCCGCAGCCCAAUCAGGGCCGAUGACAGUAUUGACGGCGGGUUGUCGGCAGAUCAGCAGCGGUUGUAUUGCGCUCGGUCCGCGUGUGAAAGUUUUCUUAAACCUAAUUUUGUUUUUAUUUUUUUAUAUGCUUGCAGUGCGUCUAACUUUAUUUUCCUAAAACAUGAAAAAUGUAGAAAGAUACUAAGAUUUUUGACAUUUAUUUCAUAUAAAUUAUCAAAUGGACCUGGUUAUUUAUUUAGUUUUCUUUGGAGACUUUGUUUCUUGUGUCGGUAGACGCCCGUCACUGUUAGUCUUAGGUAAUCACAUCUCUACUUGAAGCAAGACAACUGUCAAAAUAGGAGCCCACUUUGUGGUGUUUUAAAAAGGAUUGUGGCAUGUAUAGUGUUGGAGAGCCAGCAGCAACGCAGGAUUUGAGAAACAUGUCUAUGUUUUACAAUGAGAGACAUUUAGUUAUUCAUGUCAUGUUUCUUGUAUUUUAUUUUUAUUAAGAAAACUUUUCUGUACUUUGUGAUUGUUUCCGUACGUGUUUGUUUUAUGCAUGAGUUCUUUUGUGUGCACAUUUUAAACCUUCAGGCAGAAUCGUAUGAGAACAUCUCGCAGCCAGCUGAGGCUUAAAAUUGUGAUUGACGUGGUGACUAGUUGGUUGUAUAUUGUUCUGUUUAUUCAUUUCCGCAUUUCGUUUCUCUUAUUGUCAACAUAUGCUUUCAUCUCCUGUAUGUAAAUAUUGAUUGUUUCUACAUAAAAAGUGGUCAUAAUAAAGAUUAAUGCCAUA